AUGGAACCACAAACCCAGCCACCAACCGAGGAUGGAGGAAGCAACAAAGCAGCCGGGAGUAGUACUAAUAGGCUUUGCAGGCAGAGCAAUACCAGGUGGAUUCCCACUACAGAUCAGAUAAGAAUCCUCAAGGAGCUUUACUACAACAAGGGAGUUAGGUCCCCAAAUGCAGAGCAGAUUCAGAGGAUCUGUCUCCACCUGAGAUGGUACGGAUCGGUUGAGAGCAAGAACGUCUAUUAUUGGUUCAAGAACCAAAAGGUUCGGGAGAAACAGAAGAAGAAGAUCACUUCAGAUGUUUAUGUGCCCAUGCAAAGAUCAAGGCUCGUUAGUAAUGCUGGUGUGAUUUCUUUUAACGGGCAAAUGGGGAACUAUGGUGGUUAUGGAUCUAUGAACACAGAGAUUGAAACCCUUCCUCUAUUCCCCAUGCACGGUGAGGACAACUUUGGCAACAUGAAGACUAUUUCUGAGGGAGGUGGCGGCUACAACUACUACUCCGAUGGAUGGGGCGGCUACAACAGUGGCUCUCACAUUUCCCUUGAGCUUAGCCUCGACUCUUACGACUCGACCUAUUUUCCCGCGAAGUGUUGCCCCCCUAGUGUUGCUAGGCUUAGAGAAGAAACGAUGUUGGGCCUCAAAAACAGGCCUUCAUGA